AUGUCUACAACUGAUUCUGGAUUCGUUCUUUACCAUUACACGCCUAGCAAAGCUGCUGCAAUUGUAUUUGUCGUGCUCUUUAUUCUUACGACAGUUAUUUAUGCUGUGCAAACCUUAUAUGCUGCGAGAAAGUCUUCCAAGAUAUUGAAAAAUAAUCCAUUUGAGUCAUCAGAUGAUAAGGUUGAUAUUUUUAAAGAUGAUGAAUACAAGCAACUAAAAAUCUCAUCCACUGUUUAUGCGUUCUUACCUUUCUUCGCUGGCUGCAUCAUGGAGGUCGUUGGUUAUAUCGGGAGGGCUCUAUCCAGUUCCAAUCCUGAAAAGACAACACCAUAUAUUAUUCAGUCCGUCCUUUUAUUAGUUGCUCCGGCACUAAUAGCUGCUACGAUUUAUAUGAUUUUUGGAAGGCUAUUACAUGUUAUGAGGUGCCAAUCCUUAAUGAUAGUUUCCGCACGCUUUGGUACAUCAUUUUUUGUUGUGGGAGAUGUUUUUAGUUUCUUUUUACAAGCCGCAGGUGGCGGGCUAAUGUCUAAGGCAGGAUCAACAAAGACUGGUUCAGGGCUCAUAACUGCCGGCCUUUUUGUACAAGUGGUCUUUUUUGGAUUUUUCAUUAUUAAUGAGAUAAGGUUCACAGUAAGUGUUAAAAAAAGAUGCUUAUUUUAUGAAGAUAUUUCCAGAAGAUGGAUCUUUGUGAAUGCUACCCUAUUAUUAAGCAGUGUGUUGAUCCUAUUACGUUCAAUUGUCAGAAUAGUUGAGUUCAUUCAGGGAUUCAAUGGUUAUAUAAUCGCUCAUGAGUAUUUCAUAUAUGUCUUCGAUGCAGUACCAAUGUUAUUGGUAAUCAUAGCAUUUAGUGUGGGUUCCUUCUUUGGUAACGUAUUCGAUGUCAUAAACGAGUGUCAAACGUUAAAUAAUUAG